AUGCUUCGACUCGAGAUGGCGCCGGAUGUUUCCCUGGGAUUGCAUUUAUCGUGUCGAACGGAACACCGUAUGAGUGCGGGGAAAGACGAGUCGGUCCGAGAGAGGGAAUGGGUAUUCGGUACUGGUAGUCGUGGUUGUAAGCUACAAGCAGGCGGAGAACUACGGAAACGCUGCCCGAAUGUGCACGUGAUCGUGGAGGAACCGACUAUCUUUGCCCAGUUCAGGAGACAGUUCGCUAAAGAGGUUCCAGGAAGGGAGCAUAGCCUCGAAGAGAAAAGCUUUGCCCCUCAUCUCUCAGCGACCAUUGGUCAUUACCUUGAAUAUGAAACGGAACGGAAGGGUCCGACCCCAUCCAUUCAGCCUGAGGGCGGGUUUGCCGACCGUUCUUUUACUAGCGCGCUAAUUAUAGAAAUGCGAUCUGCUGGCCCAUUCUUACCUUGGCGGCAGUCGGUUCGUCAAUCUUCGUCUGGACAGCUUUCAUUGGCGAUAAAUAGCCUGCUUUUUCAUGUCUUACCUCGGUGGCGAUACCUUUCUGUACUUGUAACCUCGACUCGAUGCGACACCCUACUUCAAUUCAAACAGGAAUGGCAGACCCUUCCCGCAUUCGUGCUUCGGGGAGCAAUAUGGGGGAUGAAGUACAUCAACAUCAACUUCGCGCUGAUGCCGAUUGGGGCCUCGGUGAUGGAAGACGUGGAGGGUACCGACGAUCAAGCUCGCAGCUUUCCAACAAAAAAUAUGAUGGAUUUUUCUACCAUGAUGGAUGGCCGAGAUGAUCUGCAAACUUGGGGACAAAUAUUUUUUUUUCCUGCCUUGGAGAGCACUUCUUCGUCCUUGGCGAUGUGUCGUCCCUUUUCUCCAACCCUGUCGGAAGACUCGCCGACUUCACGUUGGAUCGCAGAGGCGAACGGUGCCGAGUCCAAAUCACGUUAAAAGGGGGGGGAGGGGACGACGGGUACAUUAGGUAUGGGCUCCGAGAGGAUACAGGGACAGGGACCGCUACGUAGUCUCUUCCAUUGUGGGGUAUGCGUCCGAUGGAAAGGACCCUGCUGCGCCGAUCAUUCUAUCAAUUCAAGAUCUGUUUAUGUCGUCGUCGUCAGGUGUAUUUCAUAGAGCGUGGUGAAAACCUCCAUCGGUGGCGCUUUUUUCCAGUCAUGCGUUGCUCAUGAGGAUCUGGAGCGCGAAUCUUUGUAGUGCGCACGACAAGUCUGGGCUCAUCAUGC